AUGCGUGAGCACGAAGCCUCACGAAAUCUUUUGCUAGCCUACGCCUACGCGAUGCGAUGGAAGUUAUUCUCCAGUCCCGAGACAGUCCAGGAUCAAGUUGAUGCGCAGACACAUUACGGCAGAGGGACGAAUCUCCUAUGGAAUCGACUUUGUGUUGCCGACCACGCCAGCUCCGACUCCAACAUCCAAGCAGUGCUCUUACUAAUGGCUUACACAUCGGAUUUCGGACAGAGGAGUGAAGUCGAACUUCAUGCGGAAGCCUUACGGACGAUGGUUGAGCAGAGAGGAGGCAUUGAUACUUUUGGGCAUAAUCCAGCACUUCAAGAGCAGUUACGGGUUAUCGACCAGUCGAGAGAGCACCAUCUUACACUUGGCUGCGAGACUUAUUGUCCGAGCGCGUUAAGAUUCCCUAAUGGGGUGCGGUUGCCUUCAUCAAUCGAAGCGAUCCGGAAUUGA